CAAAACCAGAAUUUCUCGAAGCACCUGCGGAAAGAGAGCAGCGAACAGCGAGAGAGAGAGAGAGAGACAAAGGUCUCGGCUUUCAGACAUAGAGAGCCGCGGCCAUGGCAGAUUCCAGCGAUUCUGUUUCUGUUGAUAUGGAGACAAUCUCUCUAGGUGGAAAGGAACAUAUCGUACAAACCGGCUAUGGUUCUGUUUCUGUUGCUGUGUUUGGAGAUCAGGACAAACCGGCACUUGUUACUUACCCUGAUUUAGCUCUAAACCAUAUGUCCUGUUUCCAAGGAUUAUUCUUCUGUCCAGAAGCUGCUUCUUUGCUGCUUCACAACUUCUGCAUUUAUCACAUCAAUCCUCCUGGGCAUGAGUUGGGAGCUGCUGAAAUUUCUCCCGAUAUGCCUGUGCCUUCUGUUUAUGACUUGGCGGAUCAGGUUGCAGAAGUUCUUGACUACUUUGGGCUUGGUGCAGUGAUGUGCAUGGGGGUAACAGCGGGUGCUUACAUCCUUACCCUAUUUGCUAUGAAAUAUAGGGAGCGGGUACUCGGUUUGCUACUUGUUUCUCCUCUAUGCAAGGCUCCCUCUUGGACAGAAUGGUUGUAUAAUAAGGUUAUGUCAAAUUUGCUUUACUUUUAUGGGAUGUGUGGUGUGCUGAAGGAGAUCUUGCUUCAGCGUUACUUUAGCAAGGAAGUUCGUGGUGAUGGACAAGUCCCGGAAUCAGAUAUUGUACAGGCAUGCAGAAGUUUGCUUGGUCAAAAGCAAAGCACAAAUGUUCUGCGGUUUCUUCAGGCGAUUAAUGGGAGACGUGACAUAACUGAAGGGUUGAAGAAACUACAGUGUCGGACACUAAUAUUUGUUGGUGAGAAUUCUCCAUUCCACUCGGAAGCUCUUCACAUGACCGCAAAACUUGAUAGAAGAUACAGUGCCUUGGUUGAGGUUCAGGCAUGCGGAUCCAUGGUGACGGAGGAGCAGCCUCAUGCAAUGUUGAUACCCAUGGAGUAUUUUCUGAUGGGAUACGGGUUGUACAGGCCGUGCCAGUUCAGUGGUAGCCCAAGGAGUCCGUUGAGCCCAUCGUGUAUCUCCCCGGAGUUGCUCUCACCGGAAAGCAUGGGCUUGAAGCUAAAGCCGAUAAAGACACGGGUUUCUCUGCAAGUUUGAAAACAGCAGGGAGGGAGGAUUAAUCCUGAAUGUUGUAAAAAAUAAUCUAUGUUUCGAGUUUUGAUUAGUGGGGGUGAGGGGGAUGAUAACCAUGCGGGACGGCGGGAGAUCUCUUUGGGGGAUUGUAGAUAGUGAGAGAAGAGGAAAAAAAAAAAACAAAGGAAGAUAAAUAUAGGAGGAAAGUAGAAUUCAUUUAUUUGUAGUCAGUCAUAAGUCAUUUGAGCUGAGCUGUCUGUAAAUCCAAGAGAAGAAACUGGGUUAUGAUGAUGACGAGCAAUAAUAAUAAAAGUGGUGGCGGUGGUUGCCUCAAUCAUGGCGGGGUUUGGAGGGUUUCGUUUUUCUUUAUUUUUUUUUCUUCUCUUGGAACAGUUUCUGCAGCGGUGAUGGAUGAUGGGUGUAAGUGUAAUAAAUUAAAGAAAAGCACAAACAGACACUAGA